AGCCCACCUCCCUUUAUAUACGACCCAUCAUCUCCCUAUUCUCUCCCCCACACAUUAGUCAUUUCUCAUCACUCUAUUCACUCAACCAAAAAUCUCCAAAUUAAAGAAGCAAUGGUUUCUACUCAAUUCUACUCCUCCACCACCAUGAAAACAAUGACCAUUUUACCCCUAAUCGUCCUCCUCCUCCUUACUCUCUCGACAAACAUCGUCAUCGCAUCGUAUUAUUCACUAUCUAUACACGAUCUUCUAAAGAGUCGUGGCCUCCCUGGAGGGCUCUUUCCAAUGAACGUAAAGUCCUACACACUUAGCCAAAAUGACUUGUUAGAGGUGUUCUUUGACGAGCCAUGUGAGGCUAAGUUUGAGACGUUGGUUCGAUUCGAUACCGUGGUAAGGGCUAACCUGUCAUUUGGUGGUCUAAAUGGUGUUGAAGGACUUAGCCAAGAAGAGCUAUUUUUAUGGUUACCGGUUAAGGGUAUAAUCGUCCAAGAUCCUUCUUCGGGUGUCAUAUUGUUUGAUAUUGGCGUUGCGCAAAAACAGCUUGCUUUCUCUAUCUUUGAAGAUCCUCAAUUUUGCAAUCCUGAUAGUUCUUAUAUACAAAUGCCACUUGGAAGGAAGGGGAGUGAUCAUAACCAUCAAUAUCAGAGAUAACAAAUAGCUAAUUUUCUCCAUAAUAAUAAUAAUAAAGAAUACAAAUUUUGAUAAAAAAAAAGGUGGGAAUUCAUUGAUUUAUAUAUUGAUAGGACAAAGGGUUGGAAAGAAUCAAAUGUUGGUGUUUUUGUCGCAAAAAUGUUUGUUCUAUCAAGUAAAGAAAUCAUAGAAAAGUUCAAAAAGAAAAGUUUGUUUAA